AUCUGUGAAUGAUUGAUUGGAUGACGCCAAGCGGCAAAUCGUAUCGAACCCACUCACGCAUCUGCCCGAACUUGAUCCAUCCACAGCAAUUUCACGGACACCCCAGACCCGCCAAUCCGGAAAUUCCCCACUUCGACGGCAUUACCGCGCCCGCCGCGAGCUGCAACGACGUACGCCGAGGAGGCAGGCCCCCGCCACUCGAUGGUUCGCCGCCGGCGGCACGGCCGAUGGACUCCUCCCGCUCCUCCAACUCUCUCGAUUCGGGGAGCUCUCUGACGCUGGGGGAGCUCGCGUGCGCGGCGCUGAUUCCGGUGCUCGCCCUGGUGGACGCGGUCGUGUUCGCGGCGGCGCAAUGCUUCCAGAAGCGCCCGCCGGGGCUGCUGCCCGCUACACUCGCCGCCCGCGCGCGCCGCCGCGCCGGUGGCCGCCUCACCUUCCGUGAGCUCGCCGACCUCGCCGACGAGUCCCGCUGCUUCUCGGUGAACGAGGUGGAGGCACUGUACGAGCUCUACAAGAAGAUCAGCUGCUCCAUCGUCGAUGACGGCCUGAUCCAUAAGGAAGAGCUGCAAUUAGCCUUGUUUAGAACACCGGCUGGAAAGAAUCUUUUUCUAGAUAGAGUUUUUGAUCUGUUUGAUGAAAAGAAAAAUUCUGUUAUUGAAUUUGAAGAGUUUAUUCACGCAAUAAGUGUAUUUCAUCCUAAUACUCCUCUUGAAGACAAAAUUGAUUUUUCAUUCAGAUUAUAUGAUUUGAGGCAAACCGGUUUCAUUGAACGUGAAGAGGUAAAACAAAUGGUUGUUGCUACCUUAUUGGAGUCAGAGGUGCAGCUGUCUGAUGAUCUUGUGGAAGCCAUACUAGACAAGACAUUUGAGGAUGCUGACACUGACAAGGAUAACAGGAUUAGCAAAGAGGAGUGGAAAGCUUUUGUACUGAAGCACCCGUCUGUUAUAAAGAAGAUGACCCUGCCCACCCUGAAGGACACUACAGCGGCGUUCCCCAGCUUCAUUUUCAAUACACAAGUUGAAGACUAGGGGUGAAUAAGGUGACACACGUUGGUUGUUCAGCAAUACUACCUCCGUUUUUUAAUAGAUGACGCCGUUAACUUUUUCUCACAUGUUUGACCAUUCGUCUUAUUCAAAAAUUUUAUACAAAUGUAUAAGAUAUAAAUCACACUUAAAGUUCUAUGAGUGAUAAAACAACUCAUAACAAAAUAAAUUAUAAUUACGUAAAUUUUUUGAAUAAGACGAAUGGUCAAACAUGUGAGAAAAAGUCAACGGCGUCAUCUAUUAAAAAACGGAGGGAGUAUAAAGAUGAUAGGGUAUCAGGUGGGAAAAAAGACAGCUCCGCAAAAUCAUGUGGUUCUCUCAAGUUCUCAACAAAAGAGACUGAGGCAUGCAUUGGAUUUGGAUAUAUCACCAAGACACCAACCGGGGUGCUCACCGCUCAGUCAGUCGGUCAGCCACCAUUUUAGUACUAGAACAGUAGGCAAGCUGUUCGGAGAGGUCAAUUUCAACACUCUCCGAAGUCUGUUUAUAAAAGUCGACAUGUGUAUCACAUUAUAUUUAUUCAUUCCAUGAUACAUUCACAUUGUGCAAAUCUGACAGCGACAUAUCCAGUGAUUCAUUUUGUUAGAUGGACGUGUUGCUAUUUAUUUCAACUUGUAGCCCGAAUUGGCUAAUU